AUGGCUGUCGUCAGACUUAUCUGGAUUUGCAACCACUUCAACGAUCCAGAUACCUUGCCAUAUGCGCUAUGGGUGGGACCUUUUGCAAUUUUAGAAGUCAACAUCGCCCUUUGUUGCAAUUGUGCCAUAUUUUUACCCUCUGUGUGGAAAGCUGCACCUUCUAUGUCCCUUACAUCGUUGCUACAAAGAAACGAUGGAAGCAGCAGACUUUGGCUCCAGACAAGAUCUCGGACCGGACAUACUGAUAAAGAAGGAUCCAGUAGGAACCAGUCUGGAGAAGUGCAUGCUGGGAACGGAGGUUACAACCCUGAUAGUAUGGAACUCGAUGAAGGCAGUACCCGCGGACUGGCUGCGAACAAGUCUACUGUUUGA